CAGACGACGAUGAUCUUCUGCUCUAUCCGAGCAGCCCUCCUCAUCUCUCUGAUCGCCGUGCUCUCCGUGCUCGCCCGAACAGCCAAGCCCAGGUCCAGGGGAAGGGGGUCCCGCUGGUGGAGUCUCGCCUACUCGGAAGAACCAACCAAUUUAGUGGUAGAUUUCCAGAGAGCAAAUCUGGUGAGCUUGAAAGGUUCCUCGCCCCUGUUGCCCCUGCGUAAAAAACAGCAGCGGCUGGUCAGGGACAAUCCAGGCGCCAUGGCGGCGAUCGGCAGGGGCGUCAAAGUUGCCAUUACAGAAUGCAAACACCAAUUAAGGAAGCGGAGGUGGAAUUGUCCAACCACUGAUUAUGCCAGAGGGAAGAAUAUCUUUGGGAAAAUUGUUCAGAAAGGUUGUCGUGAAACUGCUUUCCUCUACGCCAUCACUAGUGCUGGUGUCACUCAUGCACUGUCUCGUGCCUGCAGAGAGGGUCUGGUCAGCACAUGCAGUUGCGACUACAGGAGACGGGGGCCCAGUGGACUGGACUGGGAAUGGGGCGGUUGCAGUGACAACAUCGAGUUUGGAGCCAAGUUUUCCAGGCAAUUCGUAGAUGCUGCAGAACGGGGGAAAGAUCUCCGAUACAUCAUGAAUAUCCACAACAACGAGGCAGGGAGGACGCAUGUUGUAGCUGGAAUGCGUCGGCAGUGCAAGUGUCAUGGGAUGUCAGGCAGUUGUACAGUGCAAACCUGUUGGAUGCAACUACCUCCUUUCAGAGCUGUCGGUGAAGGACUCAAGGACAGAUUUGACGGAGCCUCCAGGGUUCUGGUUACCAAUCGUGGUAACGUAAGACGGCGUGCACUUCUCAAACCUUACCACCCCGAGCACAAACCUCCUUCCAAAAAGGACCUGGUGUACUUUGAAAGCAGUCCGGAUUUCUGUUUCCCGGAUGUAAGCUUGGGACACGGUGGUACUUUGGGGCGCAGUUGCAAUGAAUCGUCCAUUGGUUUGGACGGGUGCGACCUGAUGUGCUGUGGUAGAGGCUUCAAGACUGAGAACCGGGAAGAACAUUCGAGAUGUAAUUGCACUUUUCAUUGGUGCUGUCAAGUGGAGUGCAAAAUGUGCAAAAUGAAAAAGAUAGUCAACUCAUGUUUAUGA